GGACAGGAGAGGGAGGAGAAGCUCAGCUUCUCUCGGGACACUUUGCUGGAGCGGCGGCGGCGGCGGCACACCUGCCUGGCUGAAGGUCUUCAGGGUGUUGGACUAGAAGACCUCAAAGGUCCCUUCCAGCCUUACGAUUGUGUGAAACGGAGCAAGAAGCAUAGUGAGCUGAUCAACAGCAGGCCUCUGACACUCCCUGGAGUUCUCCUGAACAUGUUUUAGCCUGGUCAGAGGAGCAACUGGCCCUUUGCCUCGUGGUUCCCCUCUCCUGCAGCGGCACCAAGGACCUCAUUGACCAUUGCAGGAGGCGCAGCAGCAGCAGCAGCAGCAGCAAUGGAAGCCCCACAGCCAACUGGCUCAACGACCACCAACAUCCGAAGCAUCUCAGGAGUCUUUGUGGAGGCUUCUGGCAAGACCAUGAGCCUGGCACAAGCUCUUCAGGACCACCUGAUACAACCAGAUGUUGCCCUGGCCCUGCUGGAAGCCCAGGCAGCCACAGGUGGCAUUGUUGACCCAGAGAGUGAGCGGCUCCUCUCUGUGGCGGAGGCCCUGGCGGUGGGAUUGGCGGGGCUAGAAAUGAAGGAGAAGCUGCUGUGCGCAGAGCGGGCAGUGAUGGGUUUCCAUGACCCCUACACAGAGGAGAAGAUCUCCCUCUACCAAGCCAUCCAAAAAGAGCUGAUUGCAAGAAAGCUGGGUCUGCAUCUCCUGGAAGCCCAGAUUGCCACCGGGGGGGUCAUUGAGCCUGCUUCUGGCCAUCGCAUCCCUCUGCAAGAGGCCUAUGCACGGGGCUACUUGGACGAGGACUUGAACAGCUCCAUCUCUGAUCUAGGGAACGAGGAGGCCAAGGGCUUCAGGGAUCCUAAUACUGGCCAGAUGGUCACCUACACAGAACUGAUGAGAAGAUGUGUUGCAGACCCAACCAGACGCCUGCUCUUGUUACCUCUCAAGAUCUCUUUCCCUGGAUUGAGAGGGACUGUGUGUAGCCAGGAGCUGCUGGAUUCUGGAGUCAUUGACUCCGCCACAUUUAAAGCCCUCCAGAAAGGGGAGAUGACUGUGCAGGAAGUGACAGAGAUGGACUCGGUGCAACAAUUCACAUCGGAGAUCUCCAGCAUCGCAGGAGUAGCCAUCCUGCCAACAAAUGAACGCAAGAGUCUUUACCAGGCAUUAGUAGAGCACCUCCUCCCUCCUGGCACAGCUGAAAUUCUGAUGCAGGCUCAGGUGGCCUCGGGCUAUUUAAUCGACCCUAUAAAAAAUGCAAAAUUAACUGUGGCUGAGGCUGUCCAGGCAGGCGUUGUUGGGCCGGAGCUCUUUGGGAAAUUGGCUUCAGCUGAGAGAGCAGUCACAGGAUACAAAGACCCCUACACAGGGGAGACCAUCUCUUUGUUUCAAGCCAUGCAGAAACACCUGGUGCCCAGGAACCCAGGCCUUUUCCUGCUAGAUGCCCAGCUCGCCACUGGCGGCAUCAUUGACCCACACACCCAUCAUCGGCUUCCUACAAAGAUGGCCCUGCAGAGGGGCCACUUAGAUGAAGAGACGUACAAGCUGCUCUGCAAACCUACAGAUGAGGCGCGUGGAUUCUUUGAGCCCAACUCAAAGGAGAAGUUGUCCUAUGGGGAGCUGCUCUUGCGGGGUGUCUCUGAUCCAGAUACUGGGCUCUGCCUCUUGCCUCUUUCUGGAGAUCAUGAGAGGAAUCAGACCUUCAUUGACCACAAUACAAAGCUGGCCCUGAAAAAUACCACGGUGUCUGUGGCCUCCGGUAGAUUUAAGGGAAGGCCUGUAUCCUUCUGGAAGCUUCUCUUCUCGGAAUAUGUGACAGGAGAGCAGAGGAGAACUCUUACCCAGCAAUUCUCCUCCGGUUCCCUUUCUGCUCAGCAGCUGGCUGACAAAAUCUGUCUCAUAGUGGAGCAAAUGGUUGCCAAUUCCCGAGUCACCUUUGAAGGCCUGAGGGAAAAGGUGACACCUGCCCAGCUCCUGAAGUCUGAAAUCAUCAACAAAGACUUAUUUGAGAAGUUAACGCAGGGAGAGACCCUGGUCAAAGAGGUGAUUAACAUGGCCACGGUGAAGAAGUACUUGGAAGGGACUGGCAGCAUUGGUGGGCUGCUCCUGCCUGACUCCCAGGAGAGACUGAGCAUCUACGAAGCCAAGAGGAAGGGCUUCCUCCGCCCAGGAACGGCGCUUAUCCUUCUGGAGGCUCAGGCAGCCACAGGACACAUCAUUGACCCUGUGGCCAAUGAGAGAUAUUCUGUGGACGAGGCCUUGCGUGGCAACAUCAUCGGUCCAGAUGUGUAUAGCAAAUUGCUGGCGGCUGAGAAAGCAGUGACUGGCUAUAAGGAUCCUUAUACUGGGAGCAAGAUCUCCCUUUUCCAGGCAAUGAAAAAAGACCUCAUUGUCACAGAACAUGCCAUUCGCCUUCUGGAGGCACAGAUUGCCACCGGUGGCAUCAUCGAUCCUGUCAACAGCCACCGCCUCCCUGUGGAAGUGGCCUACAAACGGGGCUAUUUUGAGAAGAAAAUGAGUCUAAUCCUGUCAGAUCCCAGUGAUGACACCAAAGGCUUCUUUGAUCCAAACACACAUGAGAACCUAACUUACCUGCAGUUAAAGGAGAAGUGCAUUGUGGAGCCCACCACAGGCCUCUGCCUCCUGCCACUCAACAGCAAGAAGCACCAACCCCUGGAUGAUGCCUCCAAGCAGGCUUUCAGGAGCUCCUGGCUCUUUGUCAAACACGGGCGCUUCCAAGGACAAAGAGUCUCCUUGUGGGAUCUGCUGAACUCGGAGUAUUUCAGUGAGGGAAAGAGAAAGGAAAUCUUCAACCACUACAGCCUCCAGAAGGUCACCCUGGAGCAGAUCUGCCUGUCUUUGGAAGAGGAAAUGAAGAAAUGGGCUUGCAUCCGGUUCCCAGCAAUCAGAGGGAAAGUCAGCGCUUACCACCUGCUGGAGAGAGGAAUCAUUGACCGGGUUCUCUUGGAGGAGAUCCUAGAUGGAAGGGUGAGCCCGGAGGACGUGCUGCACCUGGAUUCAGUCCAAAGGUACCUCUAUGGCAUGGGAAGCAUAGGGGGAAUUCUGCUGCAGCCUUCCAAUGAGAGACUGAGCCUCUAUGAAGCUAUGAGAAGGAACAUGGUGGAGCCCAGAGUUGCCCUGCCCUUGCUGGAGGCCCAAGCAGCUACUGGAUUCCUUGUGGAUCCUGUGAGCAGCCAAAGACUUUCUCUGGAUGAUGCAGUGAAGAAAGGCCUGGUUGGCCCUGAGCUUUAUGAGGUGCUGCAGCAGGCUGAAGAAGCUGUCACGGGCUACAGGGACCCCUUCACCGGCAAGUUCAUCUCUGUCUUCCAAGCAAUGAAGAAAGGCCUUUUGGCAGACAGGAAAGCCAUGCAGCUGAUGGAUGCCCAGUUGGCUACUGGAGGGGUCAUUGAUCCACACAGCGGCCACUAUGUCCCCAUAGAAUUUGCCCAGAAAAAUGGUUACCUGGAUGAGGAGUUUGAGAAGACCCUUUCCAACCCGAGCAGUGACUCCAAGGCUUACAGCACGCUGGACAGGAAAGAGAGGGUCAGUUACGGCCAGUUGAUGAACCAGUGUCAGAAGGAGGCACAUUCGGGCAUUCGCCUCUUGCCUCUAGCACAAAGAGUGUCUGCUCGCUCCACUGAAGAGCAGACACAGCAGCGCUUUAAGGAGACCUUCGUUGAGGACAAGAGGGUCUCUCUCUGGGACCUCCUGAGUUCCGGUUACUUCACUGAGGAGCAGAAGUCAGACUUUUUGGAGAAGUACAGCUCCGGAUCAGUUUCCCUUCACCAGCUGGUCAGCCUUGUCCAGCAGCUUAUUAAUGACAUAGAAAUGAAAGCUAAGAUGCAAGUCACUUUCCAAGGCCUGAGAGGUGCAGUGCCAGCUGUCUGGCUCCUGGAUGUGGGCAUCAUUUCAGAAAAGACGUUUGCUGAGCUGGCCCAGGGCAAGAGAUCUCCCAAAGAAGUGUCUGAGAUGGAAAGCGUCAAGCCGUACUUGCAGGGCACAGGGAGCAUUGCUGGAGUUUUCAUUCAGUCCUCCAAAGAAAAAAUGGGCAUUUACCAAGCUAUGCGGGAAAGGCUCCUCCUGCCAGGGAUGGCGGCACAACUGCUCAGCACCCAGGCAGCCACUGGCUCCAUCGUGGACCCAGUGUCUAAUCGGCGGUUUGCCGUUGAGGAUGCCAUCAAAAGUGGCAUUGUGGGAGAAGAGCUGAUGGAAGAGCUGCUGCAAGCCGAGAGGGCGGUGACCGGCUUUCCUGACCCCUACUCGGGGAAACCAAUCUCAGUAUGCCAGGCUGUUAGGAAGGAGCUCCUCCCUGCCAAGGUGGGCAUCCCCAUUCUUGAGGCUCAGCUGGCCACUGGAGGAAUCAUCGACCCUGUUCAUUGCCACCACCUGCCCCUCGGAGUGGCCUUCAAGCAUGGCUUGAUUGAUGAAGAAAUGCAGAGGGCUCUUUCUCAGGACAGCAAGGAGAUCCAGGUUUUCUUUGACCCGAAUACCCAGGAGAGCCUGACCUAUCAGCAGCUGAAGGACAGGUGCAUCCAGGAUCCUGAGUCUGGGCUGUGGCUUCUUCCACUGUCAGAAGAGGCAGCUUUUUAUGGAGACCAGCAAGCCAUGGAAGUGCUGAAGUCUUUCUCUGUCUCGAUCAGCACUGGGAGGUUUAAAGGACAGGAGGUUUCUCUCUGGGACUUGCUCCACUUGGAGUAUAUCCCAGACACCAAGCGGAGGGAGCUGGUGCUGAGAUACAAAGAUGCACAUGAGGAGCUCCUUCAAGAAAUGGCAUCGUCCAUCAAGAAUAUAAUUGAAGAGACGGAGCAGCAAGGCAAGAGGUUCACUUUUGAAGGCCUAAGGAAGAAGGUGUCAGCCAGCGACCUCUUCCAAUCCCAGCUCAUAGACAUGACAACCCUGGACGAACUCAGGCAGGGGAAAAGAACUGUCCAGGAAGUCAGCGAGAUGAAUUCCGUCAAGCGCUUCCUGGAGGGGUGCAACUUCAUUGCAGGGGUCCUCAUAGAACCAGAUCAUGAAAAAAUGAACCUCUAUCAAGCCAUGAGGCGAGGUUUGCUGAGACCAGGGGCAGCACUGGUCUUGCUGGAGGCCCAGGCAGCCACAGGGUACCUCAUUGACCCAGUGAAAAACAAGAAGCUCUCUGUGGACGAAGCAAUGGCAGCAGGGUUGAUUGGAAAAGAAAUUUAUGAGAAGCUGCUGAGUGCAGAAAAAGCCGUCACUGGAUACACAGAUCCUUACACCAAAGGGCAGAUCUCUCUCUUCGAGGCCAUGAAUCAGGAGCUGAUUGUGAGGAGCCAUGGCAUCCGCCUGCUGGAGGCACAGAUUGCUACGGGGGGCAUCAUCGACCCUGUGCACAGCCACCGCAUCCCUGUGGAGGUUGCAUAUAAGCGAGGCUACUUUGAUGAAGACCUGAACCGCAUCCUUCUGGACUCCACAGAUGAUACCAAAGGCUUUUUUGACCCCAAUACUCACGAGAAUCUCACUUAUCUUCAACUUCUGGAACGCUGCAUCCAAGAUUCAGAAACUGGGCUGUACAUGCUGCAGAUUGUCCGAAGAGGGGAAACGUACUUCUACAUUGAUGAUGCAACAAAAGAUUUUCUGAGAACACAGACUAUGCAGAUACAGGUAGGUCGGUAUAAAGGCCAAGCAGUCUCUCUGUGGAGCCUCCUCUGCUCCCCAUAUAUCCACGAACAGGAGAGGAAAGAUCUGGUCAGGCAGUAUAAGGGUGAGAAGCUCAGUUUGCCACAGCUCUGCAAAACCAUCACCGCCAUUGUGGAGGAAACAGAAUGGGCAACUCAGAAGCUCAAGCUGAAGGGGCUGAGGGGGCAAGAGGUGUCUGCUGCAGAACUCUUCAAUGCAGAAAUCAUUGACAAGGCGACUUUGGACAGACUGCACCAGAAGACCCUUUCUCUGCAACAGUUUGGCCAGAGGGACACUGUAAAGUGCUACCUGGAGGGGACAGGCUGCAUUGCAGGUGUUUUGGUAGCCGGACAGGGGCUAAAGCUGCUUGCCUAUGAGGCCAUGAAGAGAGGCUUUCUCUCCCCAGAACAUACUCUGCUAUUACUAGAGGCACAGGCUGCCACAGGGCUCCUCACUGACCUUCUGGAGAAGAAGCCCUUCUCAGUUGACCAGGCCAUCUCUCUUGGACUGGUUGGGGAAGAGUUUCACAAGGCACUCCUCCUUGCCGAGGAAGCCAUUACUGGAUACACUGACCCCUCCACAGGAGACAAAGUCUCCCUUUUCCAAGCCAUGAAAAGAAACCUGGUAGAGAAAGCCUAUGCCCUCCGGCUGAUGGAAGUGCAGAUGGCCACGGGUGGCAUCAUUGACCCCAUACACAGUCACCGCCUCCCUGUGGAGGUGGCUUGCAGACGGGGCUACUUGGAUGAAGAAACUUGCCUCCUGCUUUCUGAUGAGGAGCUUGUUCCCAAAGGAUUUGUAGAUCCCAACACCCAGGAAAGGAUUACCUACGCUCAGCUCCUGCUCAGGUGCACCAAAGAUGAAAAGACAGGGGCAUACCUGCUGCCGUUAUUAGAGAAGAGGGAGUGUAUUUUUCUGGAUGAAAAAACUAAGCACGUCCUCUCAUCUUGCAAAAUAAAAGUAGGCCUUGGGAUAUACAGAGGACAUGCAAUUUCCCUUUGGGAACUUCUUUCUUCAGACUACAUUACAAGAGAAAAGCAGAAAGAGUUGAUUAAAAAAUAUAAAGAGGGGGCCUUUGCAGUUCUGCAGAGUAUCACAAAGCAAAUACUACAGAUAAUAGAGGAAAGAGAAAACCACAGAAAAGACAUAUGGUUCCAAGGACUACGGCGGCAAGUCACAGCUUCUGAACUACAAAAGGCGGACAUCAUUAAUGAACAAACUUUGAACAAUUUGAAAGCAGGAAAAGAGAAAGCGCAGGAUGUAGCCAAGAUGGAUUCAGUGAAGAGAUACCUGGAAGGCAAUAGUUGCAUUGCUGGCGUGCUGGUGCCAUCCAGGACAGACCCUUCCAAGUCAGAGAAGAUGACCAUCUACCAGGCCAUGUGGAAAGGCAUUCUUAGGCCUGGCACGGCCCUGGUGUUGCUGGAGGCACAGGCCGCUACGGGCUUCAUCAUUAACCCACUGAGCAAUGAGAGACUCUCUGUAAGUCAGGCAGUUGAAGCUGGUGUGGUAGGGGAAGAAAUACAGAAAAAGCUACUAUGUGCAGAGAGAUCCGUAACAGGUUACACGAAUCCCAAAACAGGAAAAACUAUUUCCCUCUUUCAAGCAAUGAAACACGAAUUAAUCUUAAAAGAGCACGGGAUCCGCCUGCUGGAAGCCCAGAUUGCCACGGGGGGCAUCAUUGAUCCUGUGCACAGUCACCGCCUCCCCGUGGAAGUAGCUUACAAGCGGGGCUACUUCGAUGAAGAAAUGAACCGGAUCCUCUCUGAUCCCACAGACGACACCAAGGGCUUCUUUGACCCAAACACACAUGAAAACCUCACUUACCUGCAGCUUCUACAGCGGUGCCUGCCUGAUCCAGAGACUGGUUUGCUGCUGCUCCACGUCAUGGACAAGGGCCGCUUCUCCUCUUACGUCAACGAGAACACCAGGAAGGCUUUGCAGGCAGCCAAGACCAAGAUCGGCGUGGGGCUGUUCCAGGACCAAGAGGUUUCUGUGUGGGACCUCCUCUUCUCCAGAUACAUCCUUCCAUCCAAGAGACAGGACUUGCUGAUGAGACACAAAGCAGGCACCAUGACACUUGAGUGCCUCACCCAAGUCCUCAUCGCCAUCGUCACGAGGCAGAGGAAAGAAUGCCGGGCUUAUCGGUCACAAAGAAGCUUGCAACCAACCAGCCAUGACAGCAACGGCCAAGAGCAGAGGGUCACUUUGUGGAACCUUCUCUUCUCAAACAACGUCUCUGAGGAGAAGAGGACAGAGUUACUGGACUUGUACAAAAGUGGGUUGCUUUCAACGGAGCGGCUCAGCAGCAUCCUCCACACCCUGGUUGCCAAAAAGGAAGCCACUGGCAGGAAGCUCGAUGUGAAGAGCCACAAGCAGCGAACGUCAUCUUCCCACAGACUUCCACACAUCCAGCUCAAGUGCGAGGCCGAAGAGACCAAAGGGGAAGAGGAUGCUGCCGACUUGGGGAAAGAGGAGGCUCUGAAGUCCCGGAUGGUGGAGGUCACCGCUGCGACUUUUCAUGGGCGUAAAGUGUCGGUGUGGGAGGUGCUUCAUUCCAAGUACAUCCCUGAGGAGAAAAGAAAGGAGCUUCUACAACUCUACCACUCGGGCAUCCUCACCAUUGACCAGAUGGCGACCGUGGUCUCUGCCAUCGUCAAUAAGACAGAGGAACUGAAAAAGAGAGAACCGUCCGACACUCCCUUGUCUUCUGGCUCCUGGGAGGGUCCCUUGCGUAGCCAGACCAUGACCCUGCAAGUUGGCGAGUUCCAAGGACAGAGGAUCUCCAUCUGGGAACUCCUCUUCUCCCAAAGCAUUCCAGAAAGCCAAAGAGAGGAGCUGCUGAUAAAAUACCGAUUGGGAUCUUUGACCAUUCAGGAAAUGAUCACCACCCUGACCUCCCUUCACGCCAAGGACAGGGCUUCUUCCCCAGGAGAGGAAGCCACUCUUCCCUCCCAGCACAAUGAACUGGAACGCACCUUGCGACAGGUGACCAUAGAUGUGCCUGUGGGUGAGUUUCAAGGCUCCAGGCGAUCCGCGUGGGAGCUCCUCUUCUCCAAGUACGUGACUGCGGCCAAGCGCCAGGAGCUGCUGCAGAAGUACCAAGAGAGGUCUGUGGCCCCAAGCGAGCUGGUCCAAAUUCUCACCACCCUGAUUGAAGAGAUGGAAGAGAAGGGAAACCAGCUGAAGUUUUCGGGGCUCAGGAAGCAGGUGUCGGCCUCAGAACUGUUCGACUCCCGCAUCAUCAACCAAGCCACGCUCUCCGAGCUCGCGCAAGGCACCAAGACGGUGGAAGAGGUCACAGAAAUAGAUUCAGUGAAGAGGUACCUGGAAGGCAACAGCUGCAUCGCUGGAGUGCUGGUGCCAUCCAGGACAGACCCUUCCAAGUCAGAGAAGAUGACCAUCUACCAGGCCAUGUGGAAAGGCAUUCUGAGGCCAGGCACGGCCUUGGUGUUGCUGGAGGCACAGGCCGCCACGGGCUUUCACCGACCCCGGAAUAAGAAAUUCUCCGUCGAUGAUGCUGUCUCCGUUGAACUGGUGGGGGCCGAGCUGCGGGAGAAGCUUCUCUCUGCAGAGGCUGUGACUGGCUAUAAGGACCCCUAUACGGGGAACAAGCUCUCCCUCUUCCAGGCCAUGAAGAAAGGUCUCAUAGUCAAAGAGCAUGGGAUCCGCCUGCUGGAAGCCCAGAUUGCCACGGGGGGCAUCAUCGAUCCUGUGCACAGUCACCGCCUCCCCGUGGAAGUAGCUUACAAGCGGGGCUACUUCGAUGAAGAAAUGAACCGGAUCCUCUCUGAUCCCACAGACGACACCAAGGGCUUCUUUGACCCAAACACACAUGAAAACCUCACUUACCUGCAGCUUCUACAGCGGUGCCUGCCUGAUCCAGAGACUGGUUUGCUGCUGCUCCACGUCAUGGACAAGGGCCGCUUCUCCUCUUACGUCAACGAGAACACCAGGAAGGCUUUGCAGGCAGCCAAGACCAAGAUCGGCGUGGGGCUGUUCCAGGACCAAGAGGUUUCUGUGUGGGACCUCCUCUUCUCCAGAUACAUCCUUCCAUCCAAGAGACAGGACUUGCUGAGGGAACACAAAGCAGGCACCAUGACACUUGAGUGCCUCACCCAAGUCCUCAUCGCCAUCGUCACCGAGGCAGAGGAAAAGAAUGCCGGGCUUAUCGGUCACAAAGAAGCUUGCAACCAACCAGCCAUGACAGCAGAUGCUGCCGCGGAUCAAUCAAGGCUUGGAGAGCCCUGGAUGGAGACCCUUGAGUCCACGACUCUGGAUAUGCCUGCAGGCAACGGCCAAGAGCAGAGGGUCACUUUGUGGAACCUUCUCUUCUCAAACAACGUCUCUGAGGAGAAGAGGACAGAGUUACUGGACUUGUACAAAAGUGGGUUGCUUUCAACGGAGCGGCUCAGCAGCAUCCUCCACACCCUGGUUGCCAAAAAGGAAGCCACUGGCAGGAAGCUCGAUGUGAAGGUGAGGUGUCCAGAUCAAGAGGCGGCGGCAGAUCACCAGGCUCUGAGGGAUUCCUCCUUAGACCCGGCAAACUCGGAAAGCGCCCUGCGCUCUCAGCUCCUCCCAACACCUUCCACUGACCAACAGUUCUCCGCUUGGGACAUCCUGUUCUCCGAGCGUUUCGCAGAGCACGAACGGGAAGAGCUUCUGAGCAGAUACAGGAGGGGCAGCCUCCCUCUUAAGGAGCUCACAAAGAUUCUCACCGACCGCCUUCCCGGAGCCACAAGCAGCGAACGUCAUCUUCCCACAGACUUCCACACAUCCAGCUCAAGUGCCGAGGCCGAAGAGACCAAAGGGGAAGAGGAUGCUGCCGACUUGGGGAAAGAGGAGGCUCUGAAGUCCCGGAUGGUGGAGGUCACCGCUGCGACUUUUCAUGGGCGUAAAGUGUCGGUGUGGGAGGUGCUUCAUUCCAAGUACAUCCCUGAGGAGAAAAGAAAGGAGCUUCUACAACUCUACCACUCGGGCAUCCUCACCAUUGACCAGAUGGCGACCGUGGUCUCUGCCAUCGUCAAUAAGACAGAGGAACUGAAAAAGAGAGAACCGUCCGACACUCCCUUGUCUUCUGGCUCCUGGGAGGGUCCCUUGCGUAGCCAGACCAUGACCCUGCAAGUUGGCGAGUUCCAAGGACAGAGGAUCUCCAUCUGGGAACUCCUCUUCUCCCAAAGCAUUCCAGAAAGCCAAAGAGAGGAGCUGCUGAUAAAAUACCGAUUGGGAUCUUUGACCAUUCAGCAAAUGAUCACCACCCUGACCUCCCUUCACGCCAAGGACAGGGCUUCUUCCCCAGGAGAGGAAGCCACUCUUCCCUCCCAGCACAAUGAACUGGAACGCACCUUGCGACAGGUGACCAUAGAUGUGCCUGUGGGUGAGUUUCAAGGCUCCAGGCGAUCCGCGUGGGAGCUCCUCUUCUCCAAGUACGUGACUGCGGCCAAGCGCCAGGAGCUGCUGCAGAAGUACCAAGAGAGGUCUGUGGCCCCAAGCGAGCUGGUCCAAAUUCUCACCACCCUGAUUAAAGAGAUGGAAGAGAAGGGAAACCAGCUGAAGUUUUCGGGGCUCAGGAAGCAGGUGUCGGCCUCAGAACUGUUCGACUCCCGCAUCAUCAACCAAGCCACGCUCUCCGAGCUCGCGCAAGGCACCAAGACGGUGGAAGAGGUCACAGAAAUAGAUUCAGUGAAGAGGUACCUGGAAGGCAACAGCUGCAUCGCUGGAGUGCUGGUGCCAUCCAGGACAGACCCUUCCAAGUCAGAGAAGAUGACCAUCUACCAGGCCAUGUGGAAAGGCAUUCUGAGGCCAGGCACGGCCUUGGUGUUGCUGGAGGCACAGGCCGCCACGGGCUUCGUCACCGACCCCCUGGGGAAUAAGAAAUUCUCCGUCGAUGAUGCUGUCUCCGUUGAACUGGUGGGGGCCGAGCUGCGGGAGAAGCUUCUCUCUGCAGAGAGGGCUGUGACUGGCUAUAAGGACCCCUAUACGGGGAACAAGCUCUCCCUCUUCCAGGCCAUGAAGAAAGGUCUCAUAGUCAAAGAGCAUGGGAUCCGCCUGCUGGAAGCCCAGAUUGCCACGGGGGGCAUCAUCGAUCCUGUGCACAGUCACCGCCUCCCCGUGGAAGUAGCUUACAAGCGGGGCUACUUCGAUGAAGAAAUGAACCGGAUCCUCUCUGAUCCCACAGACGACACCAAGGGCUUCUUUGACCCAAACACACAUGAAAACCUCACUUACCUGCAGCUUCUACAGCGGUGCCUGCCUGAUCCAGAGACUGGUUUGCUGCUGCUCACGUCAUGGACAAGGGCGCUUCUCCUCUUCGUCAACGAGAACACCAGGAAGGCUUUGCAGGCAGCCAAGACCAAGAUCGGCGUGGGGCUGUUCCAGGACCAAGAGGUUUCUGUGUGGGACCUCCUCUUCUCCAGAUACAUCCUUCCAUCCAAGAGACAGGACUUGCUGAGGGAACACAAAGCAGGCACCAUGACACUUGAGUGCCUCACCCAAGUCCUCAUCGCCAUCGUCACCGAGGCAGAGGAAAAGAAUGCCGGGCUCAUCGGUCACAAAGAAGCUUGCAACCAACCAGCCAUGACAGCAGAUGCUGCCGCGGAUCAAUCAAGGCUUGGAGAGCCCUGGAUGGAGACCCUUGAGUCCACGACUCUGGAUAUGCCUGCAGGCAACGGCCAAGAGCAGAGGGUCACUUUGUGGAACCUUCUCUUCUCAAACAACGUCUCUGAGGAGAAGAGGACAGAGUUACUGGACUUGUACAAAAGUGGGUUGCUUUCAACGGAGCGGCUCAGCAGCAUCCUCCACACCCUGGUUGCCAAAAAGGAAGCCACUGGCAGGAAGCUCGAUGUGAAGGUGAGGUGUCCAGAUCAAGAGGCGGCGGCAGAUCACCAGGCUCUGAGGGAUUCCUCCUUAGACCCGGCAAACUCGGAAAGCGCCCUGCGCUCUCAGCUCCUCCCAACACCUUCCACUGACCAACAGUUCUCCGCUUGGGACAUCCUGUUCUCCGAGCGUUUCGCAGAGCACGAACGGGAAGAGCUUCUGAGCAGAUACAGGAGGGGCAGCCUCCCUCUUAAGGAGCUCACAAAGAUUCUCACCGACCGCCUUCCCAGAGCCACAAGCAGCGAACGUCAUCUUCCCACAGACUUCCACACAUCCAGCUCAAGUGCCGAGGCCGAAGAGACCAAAGGGGAAGAGGAUGCUGCCGACUUGGGGAAAGAGGAGGCUCUGAAGUCCCGGAUGGUGGAGGUCACCGCUGCGACUUUUCAUGGGCGUAAAGUGUCGGUGUGGGAGGUGCUUCAUUCCAAGUACAUCCCUGAGGAGAAAAGAAAGGAGCUUCUACAACUCUACCACUCGGGCAUCCUCACCAUUGACCAGAUGGCGACCGUGGUCUCUGCCAUCGUCAAUAAGACAGAGGAACUGAAAAAGAGAGAACCGUCCGACACUCCCUUGUCUUCUGGCUCCUGGGAGGGUCCCUUGCGUAGCCAGACCAUGACCCUGCAAGUUGGCGAGUUCCAAGGACAGAGGAUCUCCAUCUGGGAACUCCUCUUCUCCCAAAGCAUUCCAGAAAGCCAAAGAGAGGAGCUGCUGAUAAAAUACCGAUUGGGAUCUUUGACCAUUCAGCAAAUGAUCACCACCCUGACCUCCCUUCACGCCAAGGACAGGGCUUCUUCCCCAGGAGAGGAAGCCACUCUUCCCUCCCAGCACAAUGAACUGGAACGCACCUUGCGACAGGUGACCAUAGAUGUGCCUGUGGGUGAGUUUCAAGGCUCCAGGCGAUCCGCGUGGGAGCUCCUCUUCUCCAAGUACGUGACUGCGGCCAAGCGCCAGGAGCUGCUGCAGAAGUACCAAGAGAGGUCUGUGGCCCCAGGCGAGCUGGUCCAAAUUCUCACCACCCUGAUUGAAGAGAUGGAAGAGAAGGGAAACCAGCUGAAGUUUUCGGGGCUCAGGAAGCAGGUGUCGGCCUCAGAACUGUUCGACUCCCGCAUCAUCAACCAAGCCACACUCUCCGAGCUCGCGCAAGGCACCAAGACGGUGGAAGAGGUCACAGAAAUAGAUUCAGUGAAGAGGUACCUGGAAGGCAACAGCUGCAUCGCUGGAGUGCUGGUGCCAUCCAGGACAGACCCUUCCAAGUCAGAGAAGAUGACCAUCUACCAGGCCAUGUGGAAAGGCAUUCUGAGGCCAGGCACGGCCUUGGUGUUGCUGGAGGCACAGGCCGCCACGGGCUUCGUCACCGACCCCCUGGGGAAUAAGAAAUUCUCCGUCGAUGAUGCUGUCUCCGUUGAACUGGUGGGGGCCGAGCUGCGGGAGAAGCUUCUCUCUGCAGAGAGGGCUGUGACUGGCUAUAAGGACCCCUAUACGGGGGACAAGCUCUCCCUCUUCCAGGCCAUGAAGAAAGGUCUCAUAGUCAAAGAGCAUGGGAUCCGCCUGCUGGAAGCCCAGAUUGCCACGGGGGGCAUCAUCGAUCCUGUGCACAGUCACCGCCUCCCCGUGGAAGUAGCUUACAAGCGGGGCUACUUCGAUGAAGAAAUGAACCGGAUCCUCUCUGAUCCCACAGACGACACCAAGGGCUUCUUUGACCCAAACACACAUGAAAACCUCACUUACCUGCAGCUUCUACAGCGGUGCCUGCCUGAUCCAGAGACUGGUUUGCUGCUGCUCCACGUCAUGGACAAGGGCCGCUUCUCCUCUUACGUCAACGAGAACACCAGGAAGGCUUUGCAGGCAGCCAAGACCAAGAUCGGCGUGGGGCUGUUCCAGGACCAAGAGGUUUCUGUGUGGGACCUCCUCUUCUCCAGAUACAUCCUUCCAUCCAAGAGACAGGACUUGCUGAGGGAGCACAAAGCAGGCACCAUGACACUUGAGUGCCUCACCCAAGUCCUCAUCGCCAUCGUCACCGAGGCAGAGGAAAAGAAUGCCGGGCUCAUCGGUCACAAAGAAGCUUGCAACCAACCAGCCAUGACAGCAGAUGCUGCCGCGGAUCAAUCAAGGCUUGGAGAGCCCUGGAUGGAGACCCUUGAGUCCACGACUGUGGAUAUGCCUGCAGGCAACGGCCAAAAGCAGAGGGUCACUUUGUGGAACCUUCUCUUCUCAAACAACGUCUCUGAGGAGAAGAGGACAGAGUUACUGGACUUGUACAAAAGUGGGUUGCUUUCAACGGAGCGGCUCAGCAGCAUCCUCCACACCCUGGUUGCCAAAAAGGAAGCCACUGGCAGGAAGCUCGAUGUGAAGGUGAGGUGUCCAGAUCAAGAGGCGGCGGCAGAUCACCAGGCUCUGAGGGAUUCCUCCUUAGACCCGGCAAACUCGGAAAGCGCCCUGCGCUCUCAGCUCCUCCCAACACCUUCCACUGACCAACAGUUCUCCGCUUGGGACAUCCUGUUCUCCGAGCGUUUCGCAGAGCACGAACGGGAAGAGCUUCUGAGCAGAUACAGGAGGGGCAGCCUCCCUCUUAAGGAGCUCACAAAGAUUCUCACCGACCGCCUUCCCGGAGCCACAAGCAGCGAACGUCAUCUUCCCACAGACUUCCACACAUCCAGCUCAAGUGCCGAGGCCGAAGAGACCAAAGGGGAAGAGGAUGCUGCCGACCUGGGGAAAGAGGAGGCUCUGAAGUCCCGGAUGGUGGAGGUCACCGCUGCGACUUUUCAUGGGCGUAAAGUGUCGGUGUGGGAGGUGCUUCAUUCCAAGUACAUCCCUGAGGAGAAAAGAAAGGAGCUUCUACAACUCUACCAAUCGGGCAUCCUCACCAUUGACCAGAUGGCGACCGUGGUCUCCGCCAUCGUCAAUAAGACAGAGGAAAUGAAAUCAGGAAAUCAACAUCCUUCACAGUACGACCUUUUUCAGUACACAUUGGAGUUGGAGAGUAUCAAUGAUAUUGUCCGUAAUAUCCGGGACCAGAAAACGUCUGUUUGGGAUCCUUUCUUUUUCAGGUGUGUCUCUAAGAUCAGUGAGGAUAUGAGUCUCCUCGAAUCUCGAGGAAUGACAGAUAGUGUACCAGGAGCUGCCCGGGUUAUGUCUCCUCCGGUUACACAAAUGGGGACCUCAAGUGAUUGGGCGUCUGUCUUCUGUGAGUCUUCACAUGGAUGCAAUUCCUUUCCAAAAGCCUCUGAGGGGUCUUUGGCAGAAAACCCAUUCCACUCACAGAGUGCUUCAAAGUCUCGAUUGUUAAAUUUCCCAGUUGCUGAGUUCCAUCAAAAAGAAGCUUCAUUGCAGGAUCUGCUUCAUGCUCAGUGCAUUUCUGAGGUGAAAAGGGAGGAGCUGCUGCAGCCCUAUCAGUUGAGUGAUCUCAUCCUCGAUCAGAUGGAGUCAGCGGUGACCGACAUCAUCCACCCAGGUGAGGGAGGGGAAGAGAGGCCAAUUGGAGGCUGGUCAGCAAGCGGCAGCCCUGAUUCCAUGGCAGCAGAUGACGGUGCGUCCCAGGCUCGGCAGCUGCAGUUGAAGAAGACUUUGAGGAGCACUCUGGUCACCGUGACGGUGGGAGAAUAUAAGGGGCAGCGCAUGUGUGUUCUGGAUCUCCUCUUCUCUAAAUACGUCCCUCAGGAUAAAAGGCAGGAGCUCCUUGAACUGUACAGGGCGGGGACUUUACUCAUCGAGGACAUGAUAAGCACCAUCACUGGCCUGCUGGAAGAGGCGGAAAACCAGCGGGAGAAGCAAAAGAUCAAGAAAAGGGCUGUGCACCAGAAAGAGAAGCAGGACCAAGGGGGUGACGUGUAACAACGGGGGCAUCUCACUGGAGCUGAUUCUUUUCUCUUCCAUCAACCCAGGUGCCUCCAGCCACCCCGCCGAGCACAGCCUCUCUGGCUGCCAUCCCUUUGGCCUCUCCCUUCUCUGCUGCUGCAUCUACCCAGGGUUGCCAGGAAAUGCUCUCCAGCCCUUUCAUUGUGCAUGCACACACACACCGUUAGAUCCUGGGAACCCCACUCUGACUUUGGUUUCUAGAACUCAGAUACCUGUGAAAGCACAGAGAACGAGCCAAAUGAUGGUUAGUGGACUGGUCUGUUUCUACUGGCAAUAAAAAAAAGAAAAUGUGUUAAAAUUG